AUGGGCCUGUCCAAAAAUGAAGACAUUGCAACAACUUUACAACCUGAGAACUCACAACCAAUUUCCACGAAUCCUGAGGUAACUAUUCACCUUCCUAUCUCAGUUCCUAUCUCCACUGAUUUCAUUGAGACUGUCUCUAUUCCUUAUCCUACUACCAAUAUUUCCAUACCAAUCUCUAUUGCUUCAUGCCCACCUGUCUCAUUAGGUGUUUUGCAACCCACACCAAUUUUCACCGAUUCCACCACCACACCAUCAACAACUAUUAAGCGUCCUGUUUCUGUCAACGCAUCUGAUGCGGGAGCAAGAGCAUCAGGUUUCACAACUGGUCACUCCACUCCACUCAUUUCACCUCUUCGCCAAAAUGAUCUAGAUAUGAUUGUUGGUGAUGAUGAAGACUUCGCAAGAUUCACCUACAGUCUAUUCAACAUCAGGACUAAAAGUGAUGACGAAGCUCCCAUCACAAGAGGGAAAAUCAAUGCAAUAGAUGAAAAACUAGACUCGCUGCUUCACGUUUCAAAAGCAUCAUCCACUGAUGAUUAUUCUCAAGCAACAAUCAAGUCUCUUCUUGAGACUCUUAUGAAAGAGCACUCCACCAACCUUGAAAAGAUGAACAAGGUGGUAGAUGCUUCUGCGAAGGCUAACGAAGUCAUUUCUAGCCUGGGCUCAACCCUUAAAACUGAGAAGGAGAAACUUCAAGAGGUUUGCACUGGUCUUAAAUCUGACCAUGAUGAGUUCCAGUCAUCCAUCUCCUUGCAAAUAUAUAAGCUUCAAGAUGAUCUCAUAAUGGAGAGAGAAAUAAUGGAUGCUCUUGCUGUCAAGACUAAAAAGGUGAAAGUCUUGACCGUCAAACUCGAGAAUGUUGAGAAACAAGUCAAUGAUUUGUUAUCCGAAAUGGAAACUAUGAAAAGCUAUAUCACAGACGUUAUUGCCAUGCUUUCGGAUAUCAUUGAGACUCGUGACUCAAUGAUUACGAUUACGGUGAAGAAGCAACUUGCUGAGAAACUAAGGCAGGAAGACCCUAAACCUUUAGCCAAUCCCAUUGUCAAAAGUGAAUCUAAGCUUAAAGGCAAAGAAAAACUUUUCAAUAAAGAACCUAUUGUUGACAAUAGUGAAGACGACGAGCCUGAUGAAAAUGAGCUCAAAAGGAGAAAAGCACAUGAAGCAGAAAUGGAUGAGCACCAAAGAAUAAUCCGCGAGGCUGAUGUGAAAGACAAAGUAGAGCGUGAAUCAUAUUCAGAACGGAUUUGUGGAUAUGCCAAGUCAAAUUUGGCUAGAACCAGUUGUGUCAUUCAAGCUUCAAAAUACACAAGAUUCACAGUUGGAUCUCCCAUUAACUCCAAAAGCCUUCAAGUUUCGUUCUUUUGUGAAAGUAGCGAAUGUCCCUUCCACUGA